GUUGUAACAGAUAUCACUCUUUGAUUUAAUUUACUUAAUUUGGGGAUACGUUGUAGAUUUCAGAACAACUUUAAUAUAUAACAGGCAAAUAUGGAAAUAUUAAAACAUAUUUUGAAACGCAUACCUCAAAAAAUACUGUGACAGGAGUUCAGAUGUUACACAUUUUUGUUCUUGGGUAGAUUUAAAACAUGCACAAACAACAGCUACGUCACUUUUCAUCUUCCGGAUUUUGCAUCUUUUCAUUUGAUGCAGCGAGCGUGCUUACUGUUUCCUUCCUAUCGUGCUUUUGAUGGCGGAAUGAUGACAGAUCAUUUAUAUUGCCUGUAGCAAAAGGGGCUCGAUGUUUUCACGCAAUGAUAUCAUAACGUCAUUGACGUAGACGACGAUAAUAUAUAAUGCAUUUGCUCGCUUAUCACGUGGAGGCAGCGUCUGAAUAAUUUAACCCCUACGUUACUACACGAGCGUACGUCCCUUUUUGCAGCAUCAGUGAAGUAUCCCUCCCUACGACGACCUUAAUCCCUACAAUGAUGAUUUUUUCGCCUUCAGUGCUGCGGUAGGUUAUGUUAAAUCAUUGGUUGUGUUUAUGAUGAGAAUUAUAUGAUACGCAAACGGAAAUGCCUCCUGCUUGUUAUCCACCUGCCUUUGGACUACGCCACCGUGUCGCGCUGCUGUGAGCCGCAGCACCGCACAUCAGCAUCGGCACAGCUGGACAGCGGCAGCAGCCUGGGAGCUGUUUGGACUCUCAUUCUGACGGUACCCAUCCACUACAGAGGAUUCACUGCGUUGCUUCACCUUCACCCUCCCUGGUCAUGUGGAAACAUGUGAUAAUGAUGCUCCUCUGAAGGACAGUGAACAUCUCAGCUGCUUUCUGUGUGACCCCCAUACUACAAGACCGAAUCCCAAAGCUUCUUCAGAUCUCCUCAGAGUCUCAGCCCCAUUUCUUGCAGCCCAUUGAUCCAUAACCAGGCUCCAAGAUGAGCGGGCUGUUCGCCAAACUGGACCCACGGCGGAUUCAAUGGGGGGCCAACUGGUUUGCCUUCCAGUCCCGCGUCCUGCGCACGAAGCCGGUGGAGUCCAUGCUGGAGAGCACGGGAGGCACUGGGGCUCAUGGCACUAAACUGGCCCGCGUUCUCUCCACUGUGGACCUCGUGUCUCUGGGAGUGGGAAGCUGUGUCGGCACUGGCAUGUAUGUGGUGUCUGGACUGGUUGCUAAGGAAAUGGCAGGGCCCGGGGUCAUUGUGUCUUUCAUCAUCGCUGCUGUGGCCUCCAUCCUGUCAGGUGUGUGCUAUGCUGAAUUUGGUGUGCGUGUGCCUAAAACCACAGGAUCGGCUUAUACUUACAGCUAUGUGACAGUGGGAGAAUUUGUGGCUUUUUUUAUUGGCUGGAAUCUGAUUUUGGAGUAUCUGAUUGGUACAGCAGCAGGAGCCAGUGCACUCAGCAGUAUGUUUGACUCGCUGGCCAAUCACAGCAUCAGCGGCUUCAUGAUCAACCACAUAGGAACACUCAAUGGCUUGGGUAAAGGGGAGCAGGCGUAUCCGGACAUACUGGCCCUGGUCAUAGUCAUCCUGGUCACAGUGAUAGUUUCUCUAGGCGUGAAGAAUUCUGUCGGGUUCAACAACGUGCUGAAUGUCAUCAAUCUGGUAGUGUGGGUGUUCAUAAUGAUUGCAGGCCUCUUCUUCGUCAGUGGCAGCAACUGGGAUGAGGGACGGUUCCUGCCUUAUGGCUGGUCAGGGGUCAUGCAGGGUGCAGCCACUUGCUUCUAUGCCUUUAUUGGGUUUGACAUCAUAGCCACCACUGGAGAGGAAGCCAAGAGUCCCAACACAUCCAUCCCCUAUGCCAUCACUGCCUCUCUGGUCACCUGUCUCACUGCCUACGUCUCUGUGAGUGUGAUCCUCACUCUGAUGGUCCCCUACACUGACAUUGACACAGAUGCUCCACUGAUGGAGAUGUUUUCUCUACACGGAUUCCAAACUGGCAAAUACAUAGUGGCCAUUGGUUCCAUUGCAGGACUGACAGUCAGUUUGUUGGGCUCUCUUUUCCCAAUGCCGAGAGUCAUCUAUGCCAUGGCUGGAGAUGGUUUGCUCUUCAGGUUUCUGGCCCAUGUGAGCACAUACACAGAGACUCCAGCAGUGGCCUGUGUGGUGUCGGGCUUCCUCUCUGCUCUCUUGGCUUUGCUUGUCAGUCUGAGGGACCUGAUCGAGAUGAUGUCCAUCGGCACUCUGCUAGCCUACACGCUAGUGUCAGUGUGUGUGCUACUGCUGCGUUACCAGCCCGAAGGAGACAUUCACGGAUUCGUCAACUUCCUCUCUGAGCAGAACGCAAAGCGUAAGGAGGGAGUUCUAGCCGAGUGUGAGAAGGAAGCUUGUUCGCCGGUCAGCGAGGGCGAUGAUUAUGGAGGAGCUCCAACAAACACCUGUGGAGCAAAGAACUUGCCGUCUCUAGGAGACAACGAGAUGCUGAUUGGUAAACCCGACAAGUCCACCUACACCGCCAGUCACCCCAACUACGGCACAGUGGACAUGUCCUCAGGCAUCGAGUCAGACGAGACAGAUAGCGUGUACCUGCUGAAGCUGAAGAAGCUGCUGGGGCCUCGCUAUUACACCAUGCGCAUUCGGCUCGGCCUGCCGGGCAAGAUGGACCGGCCCACUAUGGCCACUGGCCGCAUCGUCACCCGCUGCGUCAUUCUGCUCUUCAUCCUCAUCUUCUGCUUCUGCUCCCUCAUCAUCUUCGGGUCGGGUCAGAUCGCUGAUGGCCAGUGGUGGGCCGUGCUGCUGCUGGUGCUGCUGAUGCUGGGCAUCACGCUCUUGAUCUUCAUCAUCAUUCAGCAGCCGGAGAACCCCAAGCGCCUGCCCUACAUGGCUCCCUGCGUUCCCUUCGUCCCAGCCUCUGCCAUGCUGGUAAAUGUUUACCUCAUGCUCAAGCUCUCCACCAUCACAUGGAUCCGUUUUGGCGUAUGGUGCUUUGUGGGUGUUUUGAUCUACUUUGGCUACGGAAUGUGGAACAGCACCCUGGAGAUCACGGCACGCGAGGAAGAGGCCCACGCCAGCACAUACCAGCGAUAUGACAUGGGUGUGGACGACAGCUUUGCAGUGGAUGAUGAUCUGUACCCUUCUGGAGAAGGAGGGCCGUUCCAAAGCUGGGGCUCCCAUGAGGGCAAAGGUGUGCAAACGAAACAUCAACGCCAGGAGCAGAGCGAGCCUCAGCCUGAAGGCCUGGACAGGGUGGACAACCACAGGACCUCCUCUUCCUCCUCACACAGCAGGGCCAAAAGCAAAGCUGGCAAACCCAGUCCGGGCUUUGAGGCGCUGGUAGUCGACGACGAUUUGGACAAUCCCUUGGAAUGAGAAUGUAAUCUGAAUGUACUCGCCUGCCAGCAACUGCAGAACCCUUGGGCUAGGUUGUUAUGUCUCUGCAAUGAGUUUGUAUUUUAUUCCUAUUCCUUCAUUUGCAGCCCUUUUUCACUACUGUUAGGAUAAUGAGAAUGCAUAAAAUGGGAUUGAACAUUAAGAAGGCUUUUUUGAGCACACAGAACCUAAACAGCCCAAAUAUUCUUUCUUUAUAAAAUCAGUUUUAACAGUUUGAUCCCUAAUUCUCACUUAAUCAUGUUAUCGAACUCUUCAGCACUUAAAUAUGUAUAAUCUAUUGUUUCACUUGAAAGUCCCCCUAACUCAAAUUACAGUAACUAGCAUGGAAUUUAUUAUCCGGUGAGUAGUUUAUUACUGCCCUGUUAGUUAUCACACUCCCACAGCCGUUCCCAAUAUGAGUGUCUUUCAGCUGUCAGGCGGAUUUCCAUUCGCAGGUCACUUCCUGUAGUCUAUUAGCCCCAACAUUAUGUGGGGUUGAUAUAAAACCAGGAAACAUGUAAAGCCCUAAAACACUUAAAGCGAUUUGCACACUUUCAUUAUUCAGUAAGCAGCUGUUUUAAUAUUGCAUACAAAAAAGUUCAUUCUGAGAAGCAAAGAUAGAUGAUAGCCAUAAAAUGCGAUUGGAAUUGUCAUGUUAUGAGUGACCCCACUGAAUCAAAGGCCUUGUUCUCUUCCGCUCUAACAUCUAGCCCAAGUCAGGUUUGGACUGUAGGUUGUCACAAAUAGUAAUUGGACUUUGCUUGCAAUAGUGCCUUCGUCUGUCAGUGUGUGCUUUAAAUAUGACCACCAAGAUGUUCAUGCUUGUUUGUUUGUCAUUUCUGUUGAUGUUGACAUAUCCAUGGGUUUGUUUUCCUGGUGAAGGUCCUGUCCUGUGUCACCAGUCACCACCGACCAUCCUUCCAUCUUAUGUGCCAGUGACGCUGCUUCAUCCUUGCAAGCAGGCAGCUCUGUGUAAAUACUGACAGUGUGACCACAGUAUGAUUUGUGUCUCUCGGCUGGUCAGUGUGUCCGUUGAAAAAAAAAAAAAGGUAUAGAGGAAAAAGAGGUAUAGGAAAACAGAGAGAGUGAAAUUUGCAUGUGGUGGGGAGUGUGUUGUGAUUUUUUUUUUAUCUGGCUGUGCUCCUCUGCUCUUCCGCCAUAAUUCAUGUGGCGUUUAAUUGAUCUGUCCAGUCUAACUCUAUCUGUGCUACAGCUCUGCCAG